AGUUUCACAUUUAAGUUUGAACGUUUCACAGCUAGUUUUGGUUAGAGUAAAAAUACCAAUCACAGGAUGCAAAGCGUAGGAAGGCAAUUCUUAUUACUUAUUUGGAAAAAUUGGCUUAUUCAAAAGCGAAAAAUAUUUCUAACUGCCUUUGAAAUUUUCUUACCAGUAAUAUUCGCUAUAAUAUUCUUUGGAGUGAGACAACUUGUUGAUUCCAAAACAGUUGAUAAGCAUGUUAUUGAUGAAUGGCAACCUUUUUCGGUUGAACGUUUCUACAGACCUGAUCUGGACAAUAUUGUUUUGCUAUAUUCGCCAAAAAAUACAGAAACAAAUUCAAUUAUAAACAAUGUAAAGGAAAAGCUAAACUUAAAAAAUGAAGGGCGGGGAUUUGAGAAGGAGAGUGACCUCGAAAGCUAUGUUGAGAACUUAUCAGAAUACGAUUAUAAAUAUUCUUGUGCUAUAGUCUUCACUAAUAUGAACUCUUCUCAGCUGCCUACCAAUAUAAAGUACAAACUUAGAAUGCCAAUUGAUCCGGAAGAGAAACUUGGACCAAAAGACUGGUUUACAAAAUACAUUGUGCCUAGAUUUCAAAGUCCCAGACCGGUCGAAAAAGAAAAAGAACGAGGGGGGCCACCAGAAUAUGCUGAUCGUGGUUAUUUGUCAAUUCAAUACGCUGUGGAUAUGGCCAUAAUAAAGCAACUGGCUUCCAACACCGAAAAAGUCGAUGUCAAACUGAGACGGAUUCUCCACCCACCCUAUGUUGAUGAUGGUUUUCUUGUAGUUCUGCAACUUCAACUUCCCUUCUUUAUAUUGUUGUCGUACAUCAUUACGGUUCCUUCCAUUGUGAAAGAUAUAGUCUUAGAAAAAGAAUUACGUCUUAAGGAAUCCAUGAAAAUGAUGGGACUAAAAAAUUGGUUGCAUUGGAGUGCAUGGAUUACAAAAUACUUCUUGUUUAUGUUUAUAUCGGUCCUCUUCUAUACGCUAUUUUUUAGUAUUAGCACUAGUAAAGGUGCAGUUUUAAACCAAUCUCACCCAACUUGCACCCUUGUGUUUCUUAUCCUCUAUACAUCAUGUACAAUAUCUUAUAGCUGUAUGAUCUCAACCUUCUUCACAAAGGCCAACUCAGGAGCUGCAGCUGGAGGAAUAAUUUUCUUUGCUACCUACAUUCCUUACUUUUUCUUGUCAUCUGAAUACCAAACACUCAACAAAGGCAUAAAGUUUGCCUCAUCUUUGUUUCAUAACCUGGCUAUGGGAUACGGAUGUACUUUAUUUUCUAUAUAUGAAGGAACAGGAGAGGGGGUACAAUGGAGUAAUUUAGCUAGUUAUGCUACUAAUGAUGAAAAUUUUAGGAUGUUAGACGUUUUCAUCAUGCUUAUAGUAGACACAUUUUUAUAUGGAAUUAUAACUUGGUAUGUUGAUAACAUAAAUCCGGGAGAGUUUGGAAUACCAAAGCCUUGGUAUUUUUUUUGUACCAAAUGGUAUUGGUGUGGAGGCUCUCAAAAUAUUUCAAAGGCAGAAGAUUCAAUUCCAGAAAUAUCCAAUAUGGAAAUGUUUGAAAAGGUUGAAAAUUCGAGUAAUCCGGGGAUUAAAAUAAAAAACUUAAGAAAAGAAUUUAAAUCAGGUGGUAAGAAAAAAGUUGCUGUAAAAGGAACAAUCAUUGAUAUGUAUGAAGGUCAAAUAACUGCUUUAUUGGGUCAUAAUGGGGCUGGAAAAACCACGACAAUGAAUAUGUUAACUGGUUUCAUCCCUCCCACUUCAGGGAGUGCAGUAAUUAACGGUUUUGACAUCAGAACAGAUAUAGAUCGAGUGAGAGAAAGUCUUGGUCUCUGUCCUCAACAUGACAUAUUAUUUGACAAUUUAACUGUAGAAGAGCAUUUGAUAUUUUUUGCAUCUCUGAAAGGCUGUCCUAAAAAUGAAAUUGAUAGUGAAGUUUCAAAAAUGAUUGAUUUGCUGAGACUUGAAGAUAAAACUAGGGAAUUGGCCUCUACUCUCUCUGGAGGUCAGAAACGAAAGUUAAGCGUAGGAAUAGCUUUAAUUAAUAAUUCGAAGAUUGUGAUCUUGGAUGAGCCAACUUCUGGAAUGGAUCCAGAGGCUCGAAGACAAACCUGGGAUAUCCUUCAAUCGCAAAGAGCUGGAAGAACUAUGAUUCUGUCCACCCAUUUUAUGGACGAAGCUGAUCUCUUAGGGGACAGAAUCGCCAUAAUGGCAGAUGGAAUAAUUCAAUGCUGCGGAUCAAGCUUAUUUCUUAAGUCAAAGUAUGGAGUCGGAUAUCAUAUGACCAUUGUAAAAACACCAGAGUGUGACGUGACAGGCUUGACUAAAGUUAUUAAAAAUUUUGUGGAGGAAGCAAAGAUUGAGUCUAAUAUAAGUGCUGAACUAUCAUUUAUUUUACCACAAAAAUCUACCAAUAAAUUUGAGGCGAUGUUUAAAACUCUAGAAGAAAAUAAAGAAUCACUUGGCAUAAAUUCUUUUGGAGCUAGCGUGACCACUAUGGAAGAAGUCUUUCUCAAAGUGGGAGAGUCAUUGGAUGCUGAUUUAGCCUCACGACUGCAAGGGACAAAUGCAAAUAGUUUGAACAAUCAAAAUGAAACCACUUUAAGAAACUCAUCGAUUACAUUGAAAAGAACCUUGAGAUCUAAAACUUCAGGAGCAACUUUAUGGUUUCAACAGUUUCUGGCAAUUUUUAUCAAAAAAGCAAUUUAUUCAUCAAGAAACAAGAUACUAACUAUUGUUCAAUUAUUAAUUCCAACAUUAUUCACUAUUUUGGCUGUCGUGAUAGUGAAAAGGAUAGAAGGAAGAUUUGGAACAGACUUAGAAACCAUUGAACUAACUCCAGGAAUGUUUCAGCGCACUAUAACUUACGCAGAGACUGACAUGGAGAGUUACCCUUUUUUAAAUGGAUAUAAAAGCUUCAUUCAACAAGGAACCUUCCAAGAAGUUAAUGAUUUAAUCGAAAGUUUAAAAACUGUUUCUGAAAAUAUGCCAGUCACGUAUAACAAGGAAUAUAUGUUAGCAGCAAAAUUUUCAAAAACUGGCUCUACAGUUAAUAUUACUUCAUAUUUUAAUGCCGAGGCUUAUCAUACUUGUGCAAUUGCUGUCAGUGGUGCUACAAAUAGCAUUUUUAAAAAAGUUGUUGGAACGAGUAGAUCCAUUACUGCAUCCAAUCAACCUUUGCCUUACUUACCAAACGCUAGGGCAAAAGCGGAGGUUGGCAGCCAAUCGAAUCAGAGUUUAAUUAUUGUGUUUACUUUGAUGUUCGGUAUCGCAUUUUUGAUUGCAUCUUUUAGUGUAUUUAUUGUGAAAGAAAAAUCCGUCAAAGCAAAGCAUUCGCAAUUUAUAUCAGGAGUAAAACCGAUGAACUAUUGGCUGUCAACUUUUACAUGGGAUUUUAUAAACUUCCUCUUUCCAGCAUUAUGCGUUAUUGCAGUCAUUGGAAUAGGACAAAUUGAUGGCUAUGUAAAAGAUGGAAACUUAGGAAAAGUGUUUCUGUUAUUUAUUCUUUUUGCUCUGUCCGUUUUACCAUUUACUUACUUAAUCUCUACACCUUUCAAAGUGUCUGCAUCAGCUUUUGCUUGGCUCUCCGUAAUUAAUAUACUAACUGGUAUUAGUGCUUUAUUAGCUGUCUCAAUAUUAUCGUUGGAAGAUCUAGGUACUGAAAAUAUUGCUAAGGGUCUCGGUUGGCUUUUUAGUGUCUUCUUGCCUCACUAUUGCUUUGGUUCAGGAAUGAUGGACAUCUUCAAUAAUUUCCACACUUUGAAAGUUUGUUUGGAGGACUUCAACCAAAUGCAAUGUAAACAAGACCCUACACAUCCUUGUUGCAGUAGUUGUAAUAAAAAUUGUCUCGAUUAUGAGAAAGAUUAUUUUAGCUUUAAUAUUCCAGGAAUUGGCAGGCCUGUGGCAUUUAUGAUCUUUCAGGGUAUAAUAUACAUGAGUAUAACUGUUUUCCUUGAAUCAGACCUGUACAAACAAGUUUCCCAAAUAAUAUUUCACGUUAUUUGCAAUCCAAGAAGACAUACAGAUUUCAUUGAAGAGAUAAACAAUAUUUCUUACGAAGUACAUUUAGAUUCUAACUCUAGGUUAUCAACUAUUGUACCUAUGAAUUCAACACGACAUAAUAUUGAUAGCGACGUUUUGGCUGAAAAGAAGAGGCUGAGCAUUUUGAACAAAGAAGACAUUAGUAAAAAUCAUGUACUGGCUUUGGUAGAUAUUCACAAGUACUACGAAGAUUUCCAUGCUGUUUGCGGUCUGAGUGUUGGAGUCUGCAAGGGGGAAUGUUUUGGACUCUUAGGUGUAAAUGGAGCGGGAAAGACGACAACGUUCAAAAUGUUGACAGGGGAUGAGAAUAUUUCGUCGGGAAAUGCAUGGAUAGAUGGUCAUAAUGUAAUAAAUAGUAUGGAAAAAGUACAAAAAUCUGUUGGAUAUUGUCCACAAUUCGAUGCAUUAAUUGACCAAAUGACUGUCACUGAGACUCUCUAUUUGUACGCAAGAUUGCGAGGCUUGCACAAAAACGAAAUAGCUCAGGCUGUUGAUGAAUUGGUUGACUCUCUUUUGUUACGAGAUCACAAAGACAAGGAAACAAGACAAUUGUCAGGCGGUAAUAAAAGAAAACUAUCAACGGCUAUAGCUUUUAUGGGGGACCCACCUGUUGUUUUCCUCGAUGAACCAACCACAGGUAUGGACCCUGUAGCAAGAAGACUUCUAUGGGAUACUUUAACACAGGCAAGAGCUCGAGGUACUUCUUUGGUGCUUACUUCACAUAGCAUGGAAGAAUGUGAAGCGCUCUGUACUCAAAUGGGAAUUAUGGUUAAUGGAGAAUUUAAAUGCCUAGGAAGUACUCAACAUUUGAAAUCCAAAUUUGGAGAAGGUUAUACAGUUUUAGCUAAAGUUCAGUGUUCUGCUGAUAAUUCCUAUUCCGUUCCUGAUGUUACUCAAGCGUUAAUGAAUUUUAUUGAACAGUCAUUCAUGGGAGCAGAACUCAAAGACUCUCAUGACGGGUAUGUUCACUAUCAAAUAUCUGAUAAAGUUACAUCGUGGGCUUCAAUAUUUGGAUCAAUGGAAAGAGUCAGAGAUAUGUAUCACCUAGAAGACUAUUCGGUUAGUCAGACUACAUUAGAGCAAGUAUUUAUAAAUUUUGCCAGGCAACAGCGAUCGCCAGAGCAUUCCAAAGUAGGAUGCAAAGUAAAAUGUACAAACUGCUUGAAAUUCUUUUGUUGUAAAUGUUGUAAGUUCUGA